AUGUGUCGGAUUGGUGUUCUGUUGGUGGCGGUAGUGUUAUUAGAAUUAACAUGGGCGGGCACCCAAAGUACGGAUGGCCGUCUCGUGCAGAGAUUUAAACGUUCACCAGGAUAUUACGGGCACCAUAGACACUGGCCACCUCCACCAGACUGCUGGCCCCCACCACCACGCGAUUACUGGCCGCCGCCACCCGGACCGCCACCGAGACCACCACCAGGACCGCCACAGAGAACAUCAGAACAGGAGCCCUUCAGUAGAUAUAGCAAUGAACCUUGUACUGACAAUUGUGGGGGGAAGUCAUCUGGCAGUGGUUCCAUAAGUAAUGCUAAGUCUGGAACCGGGGACGCCAUUGCUGUAGCAGUCGCGAAAGGACAGUGA